AUGAGAGGUGUAGCUGUAGAUACAGAAGGUCAUUACAAAUAUACAACGCUUGAAAUGUAUUUGGCAACAGGUCGCGAGAUGAACGGCGUGGGCAGCGAGGACGAGGACCCGAGCGCCCGCCGCGGCCACCCGCUCUACGGCCACGUGUGCAAGUGGCCAGGCUGCGGCGAGGCCAUCUGCGAGGACAUCACGCUUUCCACAAGUGAGCACCUAAACACAGAGCAUACCCUUGACGAUCGCUCCACAGCCCAGGCCAGAGUGCAGAUGCAGGUCGUCAGCCAGCUCGAGCGUCAACUCACCAAGGAGAGAGAGAUAGAUUACAGGUGUGUGCAGGCAAUGAUGAAUCACCUCCACAUGAACAAGCAGCAGCAACAACAACAGCAGCAGCAGCAACAGCAACAGCCUCCUCCGCACCUGCCGGCGCCGCGCGUUGCGUCACCCGAACCACCGCAGCCGCAGCCGCAGCCCAUCGUCGAACCGCCGUCGCAAUAUCCUUCUCGUUCGCAGAGUCCUGGCGGAAUCCUGCCGAAACUGCCGCUUGGCGCUGGGCUGCUGGGAGGGGGGGCGCUGGGAGCCAACCCCCUGGGACUCCCCCACUCCCCCAUGGCGCAGAUGCCGCCCGUGUCUUUGUUUGGUGCAAUAGGAACACGCCCGCCGCCCAUGCUCCAGCCGCCCACGCCCACUAGCUGCGGGCCGCUGCGCCGCCGCCUAACAGACAAAGCCGCUCUCCUGACUCCAGGUGGGACUCAAGAGUUGCAAUUUGGAGCAAGAUUUCUCACAGAUGUGUCGUGUCUUUCGUAUAUGUUAGACCGUGCAGGACUGGACAUCCAGCAAGAAAUACAAAGGAAUCGAGAAUUCUACAAGAGCACAGAAGUUCGCCCACCAUUUACCUAUGCAUCACUCAUAAGACAGGCAAUCAUAGAGUCACCAGACAAGCAACUAACACUGAAUGAGAUCUACAACUGGUUCCAAAAUACAUUUGCUUACUUCAGACGUAACGCAGCAACUUGGAAGAAUGCCGUCCGCCACAACCUGUCCCUUCACAAAUGUUUCAUGCGUGUGGAGAACGUCAAGGGCGCCGUGUGGACGGUGGAUGAAGUGGAAUUUUACAAGAGGCGACCACAACGCUGCGCCACCGGGGGUGUGCCCAGCAAAAGCCCAACUCUCACAGGCAGCCCAACUCUUUACGGCGAGGCCCUCAAUGCUAGCCUGCAGGCUGCCUUGGCAGAUUCUAACCUGCCGCUGUUGAACACUGCCUUCAGUGUUAGCUCCAGUGUGGAGAAGAGCGGAUCUCCACCUGUAUCCUACCAUGAGGCAAUGACACGUCAUGAGGAGGAGGAAGAGCCUUCACAUAGAGAGCGUGAGCGUGAGGAGGAGCCAGAGGACUCCUACCCAUCACAGCUGGUCAAGCAGGAGAUGACAGAAGAGGAGACGCCAAUGGAAACUCAGCGAGACUGUGAAGACGAGGCACACCCUGCAGCUUCUCCUGUAUCUCACUACCGUCAUUAUUCUGGGAUGGAGGAGGACCGGCCCCGCUCUCAUAGCCCAGUGCCACCCAGUCCUGUGUCCCAGCCACCACCACCACCUCCAGUGUCCCACUCCAUGCCCCAUGUGCCCACUUCACUGGGACUCCCCCCACCUCUGCAAUUACUACACGAGGCUCACAUGAGGCAAGGGCCUCCUCUAGAAGGCUAGUGAUGUAGGGUAUGUGAAUGGAGUGACACAUUACCUCCCAGUGGUUAAAAACUACAUAAAAAUCACCACUUUUCCUACUGCCAUCUUCCUCAACAAGCCAGCCAGUGGAUUCUGGCAAGGAAGCAAGAUAUACAGUCAGUUAAUGACCGUUAUGUUAUCUGGUAUCUUUUAUUUAGAUGGUGUAUUAUCUCCUGUACACAAAGAAAAAACACUGGCUUGUGUACAUGAUGCAGGGAAACCUGUAGGAAAGGAAGGAAGAAUUUGUUAUUUUUGCACUGACGGAAUUAGACUUUCUAAUAGUAAUUGUUUCAUAUCAGACUAGUCUUACCUAAGGCACUGUCGUCGGUCAAGGCACAAGUGUGUAUGUUCUCGGUGAUGGACAGACAUUGUUUUGUACAGAAGGUUUUGACAAGGAUGUGAUCGCAUACUGUAGUAAAAGUGUAGAUUGAAACUGGACUACAGGAAGCGCAGGCAGAGUCUUCUGGAGCCUCUAGCCUCACCUAGUGUAGAGUAGCCUAAGGCAACAGAUGGCUGGGCAGCCAACUGUGUACCAUUCCUAGAUGGGUCACCAAGAUCCAUCUGUGCUUUCCUACCCCCUGAACCCCAUCCUUAGCCCAGUAGAUAUUGUCCAAGCAUGCGUCACAUUAAGUUCAACUUAAGACUAAACACAUUUCAAAAGUCUUAGUUGAGCAAAAGUACUAGGCACUGAAUCAUACUUAUAACUUAAAGGGACUACCAGCUAAAGUUAAUUCAUUUAUCAAGUGCCAUAUUUUGAGUCCUUUAUGAGCUAACAUGUUGUCAGUAUAAUUAAUGCAGUUAAAUUUGAUCUCAGACUUAAAAUAGCUCUUCCAUGACAAUUACUAGCACCUCCAGUCAGUAAACCCUUAAAUUUGUUUCUCUUGUUAAACUAAAUGAAAGUUUGUAUAAAAAAAAAUCACCUUUGUGUAGCAAGUCUACAAGAAAUUUAUCUUGUAAACUUACUGCAGAAGGCAAAGUUACAUUAUCAAUAUAAAUACAUCUUCCUGACGCAGUAGUCUUGUACCUCGAAGAAACCCACCUAUUUCCAUUAUUUACACUAUUUAUUUGUUAUUUAUAUUGUAGAGUAAGUGGGGUUAGGACAGCACAGAAAUGAGAUCCCUGGUAGUGUAGUGUUCUAGUGUAAAUUAGAUUUAAACAGCCAUCCCAAACCUAGUGAGACAUGGGAGAUGUGAUUGUGUAGUUGUCUGAAAUAUGUUUUUGGGGUUCAGUUCUUGUAAAGGACUGCAGUCAGUAAGGUUCAAAAACUUGUAGUGUAACAUGUCAAUUAUGUGAGGAAUGUUUCACCUCUAAAACAGAUUUUCAGGACAUAUGACAUGGCGUCAUAGAACACUGUCAAUGGUGUUAUUUUAGAUUUUUUAAUUGGUUCUUCCUUUUUAGCUAAUUAAAUUAAGAAAUAAUGCAGGGUUUACUGUGACAUUGAAAUCUAAAUGAACCAGUGAACUGAAUUAUAAUUAUGGAAUUAUCUGUUGCCUGUCUCUAACCACAUCAGUUGCAAUGACUCAUUAAAACAGGGACUGUAACAUGAAAGUCCCAAAUGUCUAAGACAGCCAGAACAAUGUGUAUACCCUUCUCCAAAGUAAGUUCAUUGGGCUUGGUUAGUAGGAAUUGCAUAGAAUGGACCACUGUUGUAGAAGCAUUGUUAAAGAUGCUACCAUAUGAUACAUACUCAAGCCUGUGUAUUGCAUUACCACUGUAGGUUAGCCUUGCUGUGUUGGGGAGUCAGAACUAUGUUGGGUAUGCCAGUAACCAGAAAUCUCAUGUCUUCUCUUAACCAUUUCCAUACAUUCAGUUCCUAAUCCCAUCUCACUGUUACUGUAGAUUGCCAUUGUUUCAUCAAGUUCCUUUAUAUACAGUUGGUGUACUAUAUCUGUCACCUGCAGUUGGUGCACCCACUGCCAAAAGAUGUUGCAGUGAACCCCCAUUAUAGUUCUGUUCCCUGUAUCGCCAUAUGUCCCUGUUGGUCGCAAGUCACACGGUAGUAGAACAGCUUCUUGUAGAACAUUCCCCCCUUGGGCAACAUCAUGCCCAGACCCCAAGCAAUAACUGUCUGACGUAUGACUGAGUGUAUUACCAUGAACAGUUCCCCCUCUCCCAUUUUGCAAUGUCCAGCUACUGUCACUGAAUGUGGCUCUCUGUAAGGUAGUCGUUUAGAGGUGCUUUGUUUAUUUGAAGCUGCUAUAUAUACAAUGAACAUACUGUGUAAGCAGAGGUUUAUUUCACUGUGACUUGCAGAGAGCCCUAGGUGCAAGCAUGGAUGUGACCUGAGACCCGUAACAUGCGUGUGGUUUAAAUACUACUUCAGAAAGGUUUGUUUUAAUCGACAGUGAUAAAAAGCAAAUCUUGCCGAAGAGCAAGUUUGGUCUGGAUAAAACAAAGCAUUUAUUUGCCAUGGUGAUAUCAUAAUUUUCAGAAAAAGACAUUACAGGCAACAGAUAUGAACAAAAAUGACUGUUGGCAGUAUGUUUUUGUUAAACAAGUGUAACACAAUGUCCACAUGCAUUAAGGGCCUCGUGUAUAUAAUCUCUUGAAUGAAGUGAAACGCAGUAAACAAAGUAAGGACAGAGAGUGAUUUAGGUGGAAAAAUAUUCCACACUGAAUUGCUUACUACAGACUUGACUUUGGUCAUUGCGUGACUUAAUGAGCCAGGUUAGAGAUCUGGCCUCGUACAAGUGUACAGAUUUUUAAGUUACAGGUAUUACAACCAUCCUUUUGUUCAUAUUGUAAAUUCAACAAAGGCAGCAUCUAGUUGUGUCUGCCAAGACUCACUAAUAUUAUUAUUCAGAUUUAGUCCAGAGAGCUAUAGAAGAUGAAUAAAGCAUGUCCUCAACUCUAUAUUUAUAUGGCAAAAUGCUUUGUAUGCCAGACAUGUUCAUUAAUGAUGAAAAUUAGUGUGUGUUUUGAUAUUCAGCGCAUAAGUGAAGAAUUUCUGUCCCUAUAGUCUCAUUCCCUAUUACUUGAGCAAAAUGUAUACAAGAUCUCCAUUGUCCAUAGUAAAGUUACAUCUUCCAGUGUGUGGAAAUAGACUGAAAAGUUUUACUAUUCAGGUAAACAGGGAGGUGGCAUCUGUGAUCUAUUUACUCGGUGAAACUGAAGGAAAACUACAUGACCAAGAUGCUUGAACCUUGAGGUUUGUGUGUGUAACUAAUAUAAAGGAAUAUUAAUUUAGUGGACUACUUCAAAGACCAUGUGAAGAUCUGAAGUGAUUUUUUUUUCAAGAGUUAACUUUCUGCAUGUGUGACAACUCAUUCAUUCAUUCCUUGGAAAAAUAUGAUGUCUUUGUUUCAUAUGUUACCAAUUGAUUUCCAGUUUCUCUGCCAGAAAAAAGAAGUAUUGGAAAGAAAUUGAGAGCAAAGUGAUGAAAAAGAGCAUUCACAGUUCCACAUAUGUAACUACUGGGACCUGUAAGAAAAGUAGUUAUAAACUCGCAGGGUUACUUUAUGUGCAAUGGGACAAUAUACUUUGGAAAUGGUGAUAACCUUGAAAGUGAGUUUACUUUCCUGAAUCAGUAGACUAUAUUUAUUUUCAUAAUGUCAUGAUAGAAAAGAAAAACAAUAGUAAUGAUCUGGAAGUUGUGAUAUUUGUGCUGACACUGAUCUGAGUAAAUACCCAAUGAUGUACUGUGACAUAUGCUUUUCACAGUUCAUAAGUCAUGACAAAUCACCCCUUACUAAAUGUGUUUUCCCAGAUUACUGAUGCAAGAAUGACCAGAAAAAAAUAUGUGAUAAGUUGUUAACCAGAUUGCUGACCUCUAUGGAGUAUCUGUCUGCAAGUGUAGUUUUUUCAGUGAUAAGUUGAAACACUGUACACCCCACAUGUAAAGUCCCUACAGAGCAAGUAAAGUCAUUAGAGUAAUAAA